AUGUUCCUUGAUCUCUCAUACAAUAAGUUCUCUGGAAUAUUGCCAAAGUGGUUACCAGAAAAAAUGCCACGAUUGGAAAUUUUGACGGUGAGAUCAAACAUGUUCAGUGGUCAUAUUCCCAAGAACCUUACUUGCCUUGAAAACCUUUAUUACUUGGACAUGGCCCAUAACAAUAUAUCAGGAUGCAUACCAUGGUUGCUAUCAAACUUGAAAGCAAUGAGAGUCAAAUAUAAGGAUGUGAUUGACUAUGUUUAUGCGGAUAGCAUGCCAGUAAUCACAAAAGGCCAAACACGUGAUUAUACUCUGGGCGUCUUCAGCCAAGUUGUGAAUCUUGAUCUGUCAUGUAACAGUUUAACAGGACAGAUUCCAGAGGAGAUAAGUUUGCUCAUUGGGCUCACCAGUUUGAAUUUAUCAAGUAAUCAUUUCACCGGCAAAAUCCCAAGCAAGAUAGAUCAUCUGAAGCAGUUGCAGUCCCUCGACCUAUCCUACAACAGUUUUUCUGGUGAAAUCCCAUCGGGUUUGUCGGCUCUAACCUAUCUGAGCUCCUUGAACUUGUCAUACAACAACUUGUCAGGCCCGAUACCAUCGGGGCCGCAGCUGCAAACUCUCGGCAACCAGAUUGAUAUCUACAUCGGCAACCCCGGUCUCUGCGGUCACCCUCUCUCCAAUAACUGCUCUACCGGUACUACUGACACAGAGCAAAGUGUCGUCCAUGAAGUUGCAGAUCAUAUCGCGUAUCUCUACCUUGGGAUGAGCAUAGGGUUUGUGGUCGGCCUUUGGACGGUGUUUUGCACCAUGUUACUGAGGAGAACCUGGGCGAUUUCCUACUUCCAGUUUGUUGACAAGUUGUAUGACGAGGUUUAUGUAUGGGUGGCUAUAACUCGGGCUCGCCUGAUGAAGAAGACCCGCAAAGAUGCAGCGUGA